AUGAGCAAUGAUAAUAAUACUGAAAAUGAGCUCCCCACCCUCGACAAGUUAUUGCUCCCGAAGCGUCGCAACGUGAAGGCCGCGAGGUUGAAGCGUGCAGCUGCCCCCAUGGCCCCGACACAGACUCGCAUGGAGGCAGGCCAAAGUCCAGAUUCUGGUCCUUUCACACUUCCCUCUUCACACCCGCAGGAUCUGCAUGCUGCGAAGAUGCUCAUCAGUCCGCCCCCAGAGGAGACAUUGAGGAUGGGGAGGUAUUCGAAUUCUCGUGCCAGAUCAACAUCUGCUGCAGCGCCGACAUCUACUCGUAUCUAUUCUCCUGACCUGUCUAACUCGGGAUCGUCUAAGCGCAAACGUCGUAUGCCUCCGUUGAGCUCCCGUUUUACCCAAGACGCUAUAUCAUUUCAUGAUCAAAUGUAUGGAGGGAACUUGGGAGACGAUGCGAUUGGCGUAGAGACGACUCCAAAUCCUAAACCUCGUAAGCAAUCUAAACGUAAUGUAUCUUUUGUCGUCGAAGGCUCUCCAUCACGACCAUCUUCAUCCAUCUCUAUCGCUGUACUCUCGGCGACACCAACACGAGCCUCACGACACCGCGCUUCGGUAUCUCCUGUGAAGAAUUUACCGUCUCCGCACAGUACCAAUCCUAAUGCCGACUACAUUCUUCCAUCACCCUCCCAGCGUCAUCUCCGCGAGCAUAUUGCACAUACCCGGCGUUCCACAACGCCACUACCCCCGUAUGAGCCCCCUACUGAGCGAUUCACACCGCCUCGCGAGGUUUUCUAUACGCCACCGCCACCCUCUCCCUCAAAGGCCCAUCAGUCAAGCAAACGAAAGACAACAUCAAAGCAGAAGGCACGAUUGACGCUUUCCAUCAAGAAGGAACCUCCCAUCAUUGACCUCAGCCAGCCACCACCACCACCGUCUCCCACAGAAGACCCACUUUUACUUACUGGACCACCACAGCGUCACAGAAGUCGUCCCAGUCUGGUGUCGACAUAUUCUCGUGAUACUCCGCCUCUCGCGUCUACCUCCCCGAUCACAGAGUACGAUGCAGAAGACUCGCGCCUGUUUGACCUACAAUUUGACAGGGGCAUGAACAUGUCUACCUCCAGCAUGAGCGAGGAUACGCUACCCGUCCCCGUAUUCGACCUGGAGGGUGUCCGGGAAGACGACGCGGGCGCAUGGAGCGACAGCGAUUCGGACGACGUGGAAUUUGAUCAGACAGGCGAGUACACGGGGAAAUUCAGACUGAUCACCGUGCCCACAAAGGAGGAUCCUCCCAGCCCCACCACUCGGAGACGCAUGGAGAAGUGGGGCAGGCCGAUCAGUCCGUUCCCAGAUCUGGGGAUGGUCCCAUCUGCUCGAGAUGUGGGCCAGUCCGACGUUGAUGCCGAGCUUUCACAGACGGAGGACGACGAGACUGAAGACACUGCUGUCGGAGGAUCCCCGGAAGGCACAGACGACAGCGAUGAGACCCUCCAACUUUCUGCGGACGUGGUGAUGGACGCAGGCCAUGCUCCGAUCGACAGUGACAGCAAGGGCAAGCAUGUUCAGCAUAAAAUCCUGGCCGACCUCUCACAACAAUUCUCAGAUCUUGUCGUUACAGAUAUAUACGUAUCUUCCGACGGUGGUCGGCAGCGUGAGCUGCAACCCGCUGACUAUGUCCCUGCCUUAGAGGUAGAAGGUGUACAGGUGCCUGAAGCACUUCGUGGCGAAGAGUAUCCUGAGAGCGAGAACAUUCUUGACGAAGAUGAGACGGAGGAGGAUUUCGUUGAUCGGGAGCUCUCGAAAGAGCCUGAACCAGAGAAUGACGACGACGAUGCGACUCAUGCGCAUCUUGAUUCAUCCCAUUUUUCUCGACCCUCUAGGCCAUUCGUCGAAGUGGAUGAAGACAGAGUCGAGAUAAUCCCGCAGCAUGACGACGACGCAGGAUCGAGCGAUGGUAGCGAAAUUCUUGACGAGGGUGUGAUUAGGAUCACAAGUGACGAUCCCUUGGCGGCUGCUCGCGCGGCAGCAAUUUUGAAGAUGCAUGACUAUGAUUGCAUCCAACGUAUCGCAGCUAAGAAACGGAGACAUUCACAUCUAAGCGUCGACUCUCUCCUCAAAGCCAGUCGCAGACACAGCAUGACCGGUGCCAGGGUCACCAAACACUCGUCGCCCAUUUCGAGACGGCACACUCUUGGUGGAAUUAUUGGAGACAAGGUCAUCAUCCCUGGGAGCCCCAGUAUUUUGCUCCCGGAUUUGCUGAAAAGCAAUGAAUCCGCCAUUCAUCUAGAAAGGUCUUCUUUGCGAUCUGCGGCAGGGCGCGAUCUUGUUAAAACGCCGAGCCGAUCAUCCGAUCCCCCCAGUACUUCUUCCCAAUCUGCUUCUCCGGCAUCCCAGGAGUGGACAAAGGCCGACUGGAAGAUCCUGGAUGGGUGUUUUACCGACGAACGGCUGGUCGUAGGCAUGAGUCAGCACCUGAGCGCGGGGGUAUUGGGGGACGUGGAUGACGUUAUUCUUGGCAGCGUUGUCGACAGGUACAUUGAGCAAAUUGGUGGCGUUGACGCGCUUGCACACCGUCCGCGGCUGCAAAGAUCAGAUAUUUUGCGGCGGGCGCAAGCUUUGCAGCAAAAGCAGCGUUCGGGUAGAGUUGCGCCGCCGACUCCUAUAUCUCGACAAUUAUCUCUGAAGGGGCACGGGCCAUCGUCUCUAAUCAAUCCCAAUGUCGCGCAUCUGAGUGUGCAAGAGCGAUUGGCUAAUUCCGUGUCGCAGAUUCUGCCUGGCGUAUCAACGCCCAAAUAUUCUCAUCUGCUAGAAGAGGCCUUAUCUGUCGCGGGCGACACCCAACAGCCUUCUAGCGGUGGCCUUGUCAUACAAUCUGCGCUGCCUAAUCCGACUUUGCAACCUUCCACACCUUCGAUAGCAGCGCGCAUGAGAGGUUUUCUAACCUCAUAUUUAUACCAUUCUCCCAAACCACCCCCAGUAAAGUCUGUGUUGCCUCAGCGGCCAAGUCUUCCCGUCCCACCUCCAGAGGUUUUCGAGAAACCCAGGCAGACCAUUGCCACGCCUAUAUCGAAACCAGCCCCGCGCCCCCCUCACCCAAAGGACACUGUUUAUCUUCACCCCGUUCCCUCUGCUAAGUCGUCGAUGAUCCCGCGCGUCUCGCGCCAACCGCAACGAAUGGUGAAGCUGCACCCAACAUCAGUGGAGAAACCUAUGCUCAAGGGAUCUAGAUUGCGCGACCGACGGAGUAGCGGGGCGAGCGUUAAGGAUAUUAUUCGUGAUUUUGAGAGUUUAGCAGAUAUGGAUGGGGACUGCAUCCAAGGGACGAAAGAUCCACAGCUCCGCCGGACGAGGAGUGUCGGGAAGAUGGGGAGCGAAGGGGCGAGACCUGUUUGGCGACCGUGA